AUGAAUUUAGCUAUAAAGGCCGCCAUUUUGAUUCAACAAUGGUAUCGAAGUUAUUUGGCACGAAUGGAAAUUCGUAGAAGAUACACGUGGACGAUUUUUCAAAGUAUGGAAUAUCAGGGAGAGCAAGAUCAAGUUUAUGAUUUUUUCAAUGCUUUACUUUUACACAUGCCAGAAUGUUCGUUGAAAAAAGAUUCGGAUAUCGCAUCGAAAACUUCAUCGAUAGAAUUUUCCGAUAAAUUCGAAGAUGAAUCAACGGAUUCGAGUUUGAUUGAAAAUAUCGAAGGGGGAUACAAAGGCCCUCACAUUUCAAUACCGAUAAAGUUUAAAGAUUUUCAAAAUCUUAUAACUCAUUUCAGAACGUCAAAGCAUAAUUUUUUACAUGCCAAAUACGUGGCAGGAAUAAUUAAAGAAAGCGUUAAAGAAUUGAAAAAACUUCCCAAUUUGAAUCAAGCGUCAACCGCCAUAUCGAAACAGAUAACCAUUUGCGGAGACCUUCAUGGAAAACUCGAUGAUCUCCUCGUUAUUUUUCACAAGAACGGACUUCCAUCGACGGAAAAUCCAUAUAUUUUCAACGGUGAUUUUGUUGACAGGGGAAAACAAAGUCUCGAAAUACUUUUGUUACUUUUGUCAUGUUUGACACUUUUUCCAGGAGGGAUUUUUCUCAACAGAGGAAAUCACGAAGAUUUCGUCAUGAAUCAAAGAUAUGGAUUCGUGAAAGAAAUCAAAUCGAAAUAUAAAAAAAAUUCGGAAAAAUUAUUGAAAAUGAUCGAUUCCGUGUACAGGUGGAUACCUUUAGGUACGAUAAUUGAUAAGAAAGUUUUGGUCGUUCACGGUGGAAUAUCAGAUUUAACGGAUUUGGAUUGUAUAAAAAGAAUCGAAAGGCAAAAGUACGUGUCUUUGUUGAGGCCUCCUUUGGGUGAAUCUUACGAAUUAGGAGCGGAUACGGUUGACAAACAGGAAUGGAAACAGGUAUUCGAUUUAUUAUGGAGCGAUCCUCAAGGUCAUAACGGUUGCAUACCCAAUUCUCUAAGGGGUGCCGGAACUUAUUUCGGACCGGAUGUGACAAAAAAAUUUUUAGAAAAAAAUAAAAUGCUUUUUCUCGUACGGAGUCACGAAUGUAAACCCUGGGGAUACGAAAUGGCACACGACGACAAAGUGAUAACAAUUUUUUCCGCGUCAAAUUAUUACGAAACGGGAUCAAACAAAGGAGCUUACCUUAAAUUAACCGGAAGUGAUUUGAUGCCUCAUUUCGUACAGUUCAACACGUUCACGAACAGGAUGAGAAAAAUGACGUUCAGACAAAGAGUCGGACUCAUCGAAUGUUCAGCACUACGUGAACUCUCUCAGAAAAUAUCAUCUGUAAGAAAUCAAUUAAUGGAUGAAUUUAAUAAAUGCGAUACGAAUAAAACAGGUAAAAUAUCAAUAACGAAUUGGUGCGAAAUCAUGGAAAAAUGUACCGGACUUAGAAUACCCUGGAGAAUGCUUAAAGAAAAACUCGUCGCCAUUGAUAAGGAAACGGGUAAAGCUAUUUAUGGAACAACAUUCCACGAUCACGUUCCAGGACCUAAAAUAAGUAAAGUAACCGUCGUUGAAACGUUAUAUAGAAAUAAAACGAAUCUCGAAUCGAUAUUUAGAAUAAUCGAUAAAGAUAAUUCAGGUUACAUAACACUCGAUGAAUUUUCCGUUGCUUGUUCGUUAUUGGCCAAACACAUGCCAGAAUCGGUACCGGAAGAACAACUUUUAGAUAUAUGCAGAUCGAUGGAUAUAAAUAAAGAUGGUCAAGUGGAUUUGAACGAAUUUUUAGAAACUUUCCGAUUGGUCGACAUACACAAUGAAAUGGAAAGUCCGACCGAUGAAUUCGAUGAUAGUCCAGAUGGUGGAGGAGGAACGAGCGUGUCAAGGACUAAAUUAAAUGACGUCAUCGUAUUAUCGUUUACGUAA